AGAUCCUGAGAAGAUCCUAUAUAUAUAGACGUAGACACUAAACUAGUGCAGCGAGACUCUAUUAAAUAGAAGUGAGCAUGCAGAAGCUAACUUUAACUUUGAUCUAUAUAAUUGUGAUUGGAGGCACCACUAGAUCCAGCUCGACCUGCAACUCGGCACAGAGACAGAGAUUAGAUCAAGUAGAGCAAAGCAAUCAUUCCCAAGUCGUGCUAAAUUUACUGGUUACUGCUCCUUACCCCCCUUCUGAUGGGGGCUGGGAUGGGGGAAUUGCAGUAAUUCCAGCUGUAAGGCUAGCCCUGAGGCAGAUAAAUAAGCACCCAGACAUCCUACCAGGCUACACCCUGAGGGCAGUAGAGAACAACUCUGGAUGUCAAGUGAAGCCAACUGCUUCAAUUUCUUUAAUGCGAAAUGUCUAUUACAGUCAGCGAAACAUUGUGGGUAUGAUCGGUCCUGGUUGUUCAGCUUCAGCUAUCCAGCUGGCUCCUAUUCUCUCUCGUCCCGAAGUCAGUUUAAUCCAAAUUGCACCUGCAGCCACGUCUCCUGAAAUCGAGAGACUCAACCAAAACACAACUUUCACAAUGAGAGCUCCCCUGCAGAUGGUAGACAACACGGUAGACCUACUAAAAAGAAGUAAUUGGACGAGAUAUGCAAUUCUUUACGAUCCAUCAAGGAAUAUUUUCAAGACACUCCAUGAUGUGAUUUUACUGGAGACUAAGAAUAAUAACAUAUCUGCUAGUUUUGAUUCUAUUGUAAUGGACGAUAAGAAUCAAGACAAUAAGAAUCAAGACAAUGUUGACGAGUUUUUCCCAUUGGAAGACCUUAAGGCUAGUCGGUCAAGAAUUAUUAUUUUGCUGGUAGAGAGAAGAACAGUUCAACGAAUAAUGUGCAUAGCAUACAACAUGCGAAUGAUUUACCCGUUCUAUCAAUGGAUACUAUUGGAGAAAAGUUUAGACGAAUUAGUUGUUGAGUUAGAACCCUUUGAAGCUCAUGGAAUUAACUACAACUGCUCAAAAGAACAAAUGGUGACUGCUCUAAAUGGCAGCAUCAUUACAGAGUAUGGUCUAAAUCGUACUAAUGGCACGAUCAUUACUCCAUUGAAUACAUCCUACAAAGAGUACCGUGAAUUAUAUAAUGAGGAGCUAUUCUGCCACUUGAACGAAUCCACAGUUCAGAAACUUAUCGAGGCUAGUAACAAGAGCAAAGACCAUUUCAUUCGUGGUGAUUAUUGGGAGAACCCUUACUAUGAUGCAGCAUGGGUAUUUGGAUUGGCAUUGCACGAAGUAGCCAAGAAAGUUAAUCUUGCCAACUACAGAUAUGGUCAAGAGAACAUCACAAGAGCAAUACUUAACGAGUUUAACAAUAUCAGAUUUGAAGGAGCAAGUAGUUUCAUACAAUUUACUCCAACCAGGAAUGUUCUCUCAUCAAUUAUCACUUCUAAUUUGACUAGUGAGAAUGGGUCAGAACUCAGGUCUAAUUAUUUGUGUUCCCACAAUGGAAGUGGGUGUGUCUCAUGUCUCGACAGAUACACGGCUAUAGAUGAUUCGUUUGAAGAAGUUUUGGAAAGAAUGCAUGUCAGUGCUGGAGUCAUCAUUAUUUUUGUCACUAUGGCAAUUGGGAUUUUCACAGUCAGUCUACACAUCUUAUUUGUUAAAUACCGCGAGAAGAAGAGUGUAAAAGCCACCAGUCCUACAUUGAGUCAUCUAAUUUUCUCUGGUUGUUACCUGUAUUGUAUUGCAUCCGUUAUAUCUGUUUUACUGCAAGUAUUGCCCUUCAAAAAUGCAGCGCUUCUCUACUCUAUUUUCUGCAACAUUGUGAUGUGGUGUGUGAUUAUUGGAGCAUCUCUCAUUUUUGGAACAGUUUUGGUUAAAAUAUGGCGAAUUUUUCGACUCUUCAGGCACUUUAGUAACGAGCGGCCAGGGCUAUUCUUAUCAAAUCAAUCUCUCAUAUUUGGUGUGCUUUUUUUAGUUGCAGUUGACGUUAUUUUCUGUGCCUUUUGGAGUAACUUUGAUCCAUACAUCAUGGCAGUACGCCCGCUUAAAGUUGUGGACCCAGGCGCUGAAGUGGACACUAUUAAAAUGAUUGUACAAUGCAAGUGCAACAAUAUCUACAUUUGGAUAGGAAUAGUGCUGGGCUUGAAAGGACCCAUCAUUAUUAUUCUGAUGAUAUUUGCAACUCUUAAUCGCCAGAUCAAACGAAAACAUUUCUCUCACACUAAAAAAGUAAACAUGCUUGUGUACAGUCUGACAAUUUUCUGUGGAGCAGGUUUCCCGUUGUUUUUUAUCUUGCUUGAGCUAAGUGAUUCUGUGUAUGUUUCGUUGAUCUUUUGUUUUAUAUUGUUAGCGUCUGUCAUUGUGUGUUGUGUGUUGCUCUUUAUACCACCGCUCCGUCACCUUGACGAUCAAGCCGUCAAAGACACCACAACCACUAGAUCUACUUUCUCUAAACUUAGCUUUAAAAGAACAAUCAUCAACUCUCCUCAUUAAAAACACUAUUUUGCUGCUGAUCACUCUUUUUUUUAACUCAUGUAUAGCAAUUUUACCACAAUAAAUCAGUUUAAUUUUA